AUGGGAGCAGAGUCCAUGGUCAACUGGACCUACGAUCCUAACGCCAUGCAUCCUUGUUAUGAAUCUGACAAUGCAUCUGUGACAUUUAGCAGCCGGCCUUCCGUCACCUGUGUUUCAGUCUAUGUUCUUCUCGCUUUGUUGUCUGCUGUGACAAUAUGUGGGAACCUUCUGGUCAUCAUUUCUGUCGUGUACUUCCAGCAGCUUCACACUCCCACUAAUUAUCUCAUCUUAUCUCUUUCCGUGGCCGACCUGCUGGUGGGCCUUCUGGUGUUUCCUUUCAGCAUGACUUUGACUGUCACAGCCUGUCUCCAUCGCCACAAUUUCGCCUGUCAGAUACGAGACAGCUUGGAUAUCUCACUCUGCACGUCGUCCAUCCUGAACCUGUGCUGCAUUUCCAUAGACCGAUACUACGCCGUGUGCCGGCCUCUGUCGUACGCGUCCAAGAUGAGCACCCAGGUGGCGUCCGCGAUGAUCGGGGCGUGUUGGAGCCUCGCGGUUGUGAUUGCGCUCGGUAUUACGGUCGGAGGUUACAGUCAAGGAGCGUGCGGGGAAAUGUGCUCGGUUAACGUCGUCCUCUCAAACAUCAUGGGGCCGCUUUUAGCCUUCUACCUGCCUGCAGUGGUCAUGAGCUGCAUCUACCUGAAGAUCUUCUUUGUGGCUCAGAAGCAGCUGAGCAGCAUCCACGCUUCAAAGUCUGUGAGCAAAGUGGAGAGGAAAGCCACCAGGACUCUGGCCAUUGUUAUGGGAGUCUUCUUACUGUUCAUGACUCCAUACUUUUUUUCCGUGGUCUUCCAGCCGUUAUUCCGCAAUCCUCCGUCGGUGGCGGUCAUGGAGACCCUGAACUGGCUCACCUUGUCCAACUCCAUGCUCAAUCCUUUCAUCUAUGCUUUCUUCUACAACUGGUUCCGCUCCGCUUUCAAAAUGAUCAUAACCGGCAAAAUAUUCGAAGGGGAUUCUGCCGAUUGUACUUUGAUUUGA